AUGCGAAAGGGGCCCCGUACCACGGCAGUUGUUAUUGAUCAUCGAAAGAGUGUGUUCAAUCUAUUAUAUAGUACCCAACUAAGAAAUCAACAAUGUCGUAUGCUCAAUUGUCUCUUGGUUUUCGGUUCACUAGGUGCUGUUGUGAACUUUCCAGAAGGAUAUUCAAAUUCGUAUCCGAACACUUCAUACAAGUCGUUCCAAACGAUGAUCAACGAUUCCUACAUCAGACGAGGGGAUGAGGAUGGAAUCUCUCCCACGCUCUUCAUGUGGGUAUGGUCGGCGAUUUUGAACGUGUGGUUCAUCGGCUAUCUGCUGGGAACAUUCGUCACACCUUACUUCACGGAAAAUUACGGACGAAGA